AUGACACAAUUUGUUGAUGGAAAUACAGUAAAGGCACAGAUUUGGGACACAGCAGGGCAAGAAAGGUACAGAGCGAUAACCAGUGCAUACUAUAGAGGUGCAGUUGGAGCUCUUCUGGUGUAUGACAUAACCAAGAGCCAAACCUUUGAUAACAUUCAAAGAUGGUUGUGUGAGUUAAGAGACCACGCAGACUCCAACAUUGUGAUAAUGAUGGACGAAAACAAGUCUGAUCUGAAUCAUCUCCGAGCAGUGGCUGAACAAGAUGGCCAAUCUCUCACUGAAAAAGAAGGGCUUUCAUUUCUUGAAACAUCAGCACUUGAAGCACAUAAUGUUGAGAAAGCAUUUCAAACUGUUUUGACAAAUAUAUAUCAUAUCGUUAGCAAAAAAGCAUUAGCAGCUCAAGAAGCAUCAGGUCCUACUCCUUUACCUGGUCAAGGAACCACCAUUAAUGUCCCUGAUUCAUCUGGGAAUAAUAAUACAAAGAAAGGUUGCUGUUCAACUUGA